AUGGAUCCAGAUCCCGGUGUCACAGAGCUGGAUUUGCCUGCUGAAGAUCCGGAUCGUCAGAUCGAGGAGCAUGGCUCUGAGUCGAUGCUGCUUUUGGUUCCCACCGGGAGGCGUCUGAUCUCUGGCCUGCUGGGUCUAAACGUGGUGCUGCUGGGAGCUGCUCUGGUGGUCGGGCAUGUUUUAAACCCUGCAGGAUUGAACAACCAGGAGUCGCGGGUGUUCAUGCUGCUGCUGAUGGGGGUUAGCAUGCUCUGGAUGCUGUGGUACCUGCUGUGGGCUCGGAGACAGCCAGGCUUCUCCCCACACAAGGACCACCACGCUGGAGGAGGCCCUGUCACCUUUGUCGUCCAUGUUUUUGCUGUCUUCAGUCUGCUGUUGUACAUCUGCAAGAUCGGAUAUUUCAUCAGCACGAGGGAAUGUAAACCUGCUGCUAAAGUGCUCUCUCCUUUUAUCGAGGCUCCUUUUCUCGCUCUGCAGACAUAUUUACUGUGGCGUCACUCAAAAGACUGCAUGCAUACACACAAGAUAAUGACCAGGAUCGGUCUGAUGUUGAUUCUCUCGGCCGACCUGCUGCUGUGGCUGAACGCAGUGACAGAGGAAACCAUUCAUGAAGAGAUCGAGGCAGAAGAAGAAGGCAGUCUUCUUUUCCAAAGCAAAAACUCAUCAGAGGCAGACACCUCUGAUUUAGAAGGAGCUGCAAAUUCAACCUUUUGCCACUGCAGAGGGACUGCAGCCUGCCUCGCCUUCAGGAAAGCCAUUGAAGUCCUUCAUCCCUUCCACAUGGAGUACUAUUUGAUGGCAGGCUGCAUGAUCUACGUGAUGUGGAAGAACGUGGGCCGCAGGAUGAAUCCAGAUCACCACCACGUCGCUCAUAAGCUGACUCUUCAGGUUGUCUGUGAAAGCAGGAUCUUCUACGGCCUCAUAUUUGGAGGCCUGGUCCUCCUAGUGGGCGUCACCAUCUUCAUUCUUUACCAGAUCUUCGUGGAUCUGCCCCACCUACGCCUCACUGCCUUCCUCCUGUUUUAUGGCUACCACUUAGCCAUUAUGCCCCUCAUGUGUCUGUGCUGCCUGGCUGGGAUGCUGGUUCACUGGCUGGAGAGAAGGGCGAGCGAAGGAGAGCACAACCCGACUCGCAGCCUGGAUGUGAUGCUCCUGCUGGCAGCAGCUCUCGGUCAGCUUAUCCUGUCUUACUUCUCUCUGGUGGCAGCCAGCGCUGUAGGGACUGAAGGGCUUUUGGGGGGCCUGGACUUGUCCUACUCUCUCCUCAGCUUGCUGCAGCUCGUCCUGCAGAACAUCUUCAUCAUUAAAGGACUUCACAGACACCCGAGUCGCUUCAACAAGAAGAAAGAGAAGCAGUGGAGCAGCAAAUUCAAGCUCAAGAAAAAGAAGGCUGUUGAUCCGACACAAGAGGAGAGAAAGACAGAAAUGUCACUGCCGGAGGGGAAGACAUCAGACACUGCUAAAGAGCAUGAUGGGAAAAAGCCCUGGAUGAAAACAGCGAUUAAAGAAAUCUGCGUUUUCCUCAUCUUCUCUAACAUCAUGCUGUGGAUCAUCCCGGCGUUCGGAGUCCACCCUCAGUUCGAGAAUGGGAUCGGGAAGCGUUUUUUUGGCUUUAGUGCCUGGUUUGUUCUGGUGAAUCUGGGUCAGCCACUCAGUGUUUUCUACAGGAUGCACUCAGUAGGCGCUCUGAUGGAGCUGUUCCUCAGUGCAUGA